CAAAAUCUGAAUUCUCAGCCUCCUCGUUUCUUCACCAAGGAGGAGAGAGAGAGAGGCAUCUACAUCAAUUCGACCUUCUUCCUUUCUCUCUCUACAGCACAUUCGCUUAAAGAAGACGAAACAAUUGGUCUCACCUUCUCUCUCUACCAGCAAAACCGAAUCUAAAGGAGAGAGAAGAGAAGGAGGCUACAAUGAUUUAUUCUGUCUCCAGCCAUGUGAGCUCCCACUGACACAUUCUCUGCACCUUCUUUCGAAAUCGUUUUUAAUUACUUGAUUCUUCUUCACCGUGACCUAGUCGCCGGAGUUGAUCAUCUAGGUUUAGUGGAUGGCUUCAUCGUUCUCGAACCGCAGACCACCAAGUCCCGCUUCUUCCACUUCUUCUUCUCAUCUCAGCAGCCGUCUCAUUCCCCGUUCCUCCUCCACCUCCGCCUCUUCCUUUACCAACUCCGGCUCACGAUCCAUGACGACGCUUAGUCGCACCUUCUCCGACUCGGGGCUAAUCGGCGGCUCCGGGAGCUUCGGAACUGCGUCGCCUGUUCCUUACCCGUCGGAGGAGCUUCUCGGCGAGCCUGUGGAGGAGACUGUUAGCUCCGAGCGGGAUAGUAUCUCCGUCACCGUUCGUUUUCGACCGUUGAGUGAUAGAGAGUAUCAGAGAGGAGAUGAAGUUGCUUGGUACCCCGAUGGGGAUACCAUGGUUAGGCACGAGUACAAUCCUCUCACUGCUUAUGCAUUCGAUAAAGUUUUUGGACCACAAGCAAAUACUAUGGACGUGUAUGACGUAGCUGCAAGACCAGUAGUUAAGGCAGCUAUGGAAGGUGUUAACGGAACUGUUUUUGCUUAUGGUGUUACAAGUAGUGGAAAGACCCAUACAAUGCAUGGUGAUCAAGAAUCUCCUGGGAUCAUACCGCUAGCAAUAAGAGACGUGUUCAGUAUCAUCCAGGAUACUCCAGGAAGGGAGUUCCUGCUCCGUGUUUCAUAUCUUGAAAUAUACAACGAGGUGAUAAAUGAUUUACUGGAUCCAACAGGCCAAAAUUUACGAGUUAGAGAGGAUUCCCAGGGGACUUAUGUCGAGGGUAUCAAGGAAGAAGUUGUUUUGUCUCCUGGUCACGCACUAUCCUUCAUUGCAGCUGGUGAAGAACAUCGCCACGUUGGUUCAAAUAAUUUCAAUUUGAUGAGCAGCAGAAGUCACACUUUAUUUACACUGAUGAUUGAAAGUAGUGCUACUGGAGAUGAGUAUGAUGGAGUUAUUUUUUCUCAACUCAAUUUGAUUGAUUUGGCUGGAUCUGAGAGUUCCAAAACUGAAACAACUGGAUUGAGGAGGAAAGAAGGUUCAUACAUAAACAAGAGUCUUCUAACUCUUGGAACUGUGAUUGGAAAACUUAGUGAGGGUAAGGCAACUCACAUUCCAUAUCGUGACUCUAAGCUAACUCGUCUUCUGCAAUCAUCACUAAGUGGCCAUGGGCAUGUUUCGCUCAUAUGUACAAUUACUCCCGCGUCAAGCAGUAAUGAGGAAACUCAUAAUACAUUGAAAUUUGCCAGCAGAGCAAAGAGUAUAGAAAUAUAUGCUUCACGCAAUCAGAUUAUAGACGAAAAGUCACUGAUUAAGAAAUAUCAAAGAGAGAUCUCAAUCCUCAAACUAGAACUUGAUCAGUAUAGAAAGGGUAUGCUUGUUGGUGUCAAUCAUGAAGAGUUAAUGAGCUUAAAGCAACAGUUAGAAGAAGGUCAAGUGAAAAUGCAAUCAAGAUUGGAGGAAGAAGAAGAAGCCAAAGCAGCUCUAAUGAGCAGAAUCCAAAAGCUUACCAAGCUCAUACUGGUCUCUACCAGGAAUUCUAUUCCUGGAUAUUUGGGCGAUGUACCCACUCUCCAGCGCAGUCUCUCUGCGGGUAAAGAUGAUAAAUUGGCUUCUCCGAUCUUGGAUAAUGAUAAUCCGGGAUCUCCAUCUUCUACCUUGGCUCUUGUAUCAGAUGCUUCCUUAGGUUUUAGCCACCAGAGAUCUUCCAGUAAAUUGAAUGGCGAAACCUCACCGGAGGCAGAAUCUACUCAAGGUGUCAUGACGCCAGAUGAAAUCGACCUUUUGGUUGAACAAGUUAAGAUGCUUGCUGGUGAGAUAGCAUUCAGUACAAGCACACUAAAGCGUUUGGUGGAUCAGUCCGUAGAUGAUCCAGAAAACUCACAAACUCAGAUACAGAAUUUGGAACAUGAGAUUCAAGAAAAGCAAAGACAAAUGAGGGCCUUAGAACAGCUCAUAAUUGAAAGUGGUGAAGCUUCAAUUGCCAAUGCAUCACUGGUUGAGAUGCAACAGAAAGUUAUGAGUUUGAUGAGCCAGUGCCAUGAGAAGAGCUUUGAGCUGGAGAUCAAAUCAGCAGACAAUUGCAUUCUCCAAGAACAACUACAGAAAAAGUGCACCGAGAACAAAGAACUACAUGAAAAGGUGAACCUUUUAGAGCAACGUCUGAAUGCAGUAUCUAGUGAAAAUUCUUCACCAUCUUGUUCCAAUAAUACGGUAUCUGGAGAGUAUGCAGACGAACUAAAACGGAAAAUACAGUCGCUGGAAAUAGAGAACGAAAAGUUGAAGCUAGAACAUGUUCAGAUUGUGGAAGAGAACAGUGGUUUACGAGUACAAAAUCAAAAACUAGCUGAAGAAGCUUCAUACGCUAAGGAACUAGCCUCUGCUGCUGCUGUUGAGCUGAAAAAUCUGGCCAGUGAAGUAACAAAACUCUCACUGCAAAACACAAAGCUAGGCAAAGAAUUGGCAGCUGCAAGAGACUUGGCUCAAACGCGUAAUCCAGUAAACGGAGUUAAUAAUCGCAAGUACAGCGACGGGGUAAGGUCAGGAAGAAAGGGAAGGAUCUCUUCAGGCAGGUCAAGUGGUGAUGAGUUUGAUUCAUGGAAUCUCGACCCGGAAGAUCUGAAAAAGGAGUUGCAAGCAAGGAAACAGCGAGAGGCGGCUCUUGAGUCUGCAUUGGCAGAGAAAGAGUUCAUAGAAGACGAAUACAGGAAAAAAGCAGAAGAAGCAAAGAGAAGAGAGGAAGCUUUAGAAAACGAUUUGGCAAACAUGUGGGUACUUGUUGCCAAGUUGAAAAAAGACAAUGGUGCGUUGUCUGAAAUCAAUGGCGCCGACUCUCUAAGGGAAUUGGAGAAGAAUCAAAGCAACGUGGUUCUGAAAGAGAGACAAGUCGCGAGUGCACCGAGGCAGCCUGAAGUGGUUGCGGUAUCUAAAACCGAAGAGACACCAAAAGAGGAACCUCUUGUUGCUCGUCUCAAGGCACGAAUGCAAGAAAUGAAGGAGAAAGAGAUGAAAUCACAAGCGAAUGGAGACGCAAACUCUCACAUUUGUAAAGUGUGUUUCGAGUCACCCACGGCAGCAAUUCUGCUCCCUUGCCGCCAUUUCUGCUUAUGUAAAUCAUGUUCCCUCGCAUGCUCUGAAUGCCCAAUCUGCCGCACAAAGAUCUCUGAUCGGCUCUUUGCGUUUCCGUCUUGACAAAGGCAACAAAGGUGUCAUGAAGUGUGGGUGAAGCCUGUUGCUAUAUAUUUUGUUGAUGGGGUGGUUGAAUAGUUUUAACAUGGACUCAUUUUGUAUGUAAGAUAAUAUAAUUAUAUUUAUCACUAAAAUGUGAAAAGGGAUUCUUUUGCAUAUCACCAAAACUGCAAAAGGUUGAUGGGGUUGCCGAUCAUGACCAUUGUGCAGCAAAAAGAGAAAAAAUCAUUUGAUGUUGGUUUAAUU